AUGGCACCGUAGGGACGUUGUUAUUGUUCCGUCGCCCCUACAAGAUUUUGCAGUACGACGAAAACUACGCAGAAAAACGGCCGAGUAGGUUCAUGCGGGCAUGAGAGGACCAUCUGGAGAUAAUGUUAAGAUCCACCGGCUUCUUCCGAGGGAUUGACUGUCCGUUUUACACGGAGUACGGCGAGGGCAAAGGCAGCAGGAAUGGGUGUAACAGACCGUACUGUCACUUCAGGCACAGCCAGCAGAGACGGCCGUCCUACGGAGCACCAUCAGAUGUUAAAAAGCAAAGAGACCUCCACUCCGCACAGAGAGAACAAGGUUAUGAUCCCUUCAACCCAGAAGUAGUGAGGCCCCAGGAGCAGCAGAAUGGAAAACCAGCUGCCUCAGGAGACAUCAGCGGUGCCUUGGAGCUGGUCAACAGAGCCAUCGAGGAGGUCCGCAGUGAGGUGGAAAGGGAGAAGAGGAAGCUCUCUCGGAUUGGGGACGAACCGUACGAUCCCAGCGAGAGUACCAGUUUGUCUUCAUCUGGUGCUGUUAAAAGUAAAACAGCAGCUUCACACAUGGCCUAUGAUCCUGGGAGUUAUCAGAUAACAUCAGGAGGUUACAAUCCCACCCCUGGCUGCAGCAAGUACACCUUGGAUUCAGACAACCAGGCGAGCAACAAUAACUCCAUGGAAUAUGUUCCUACUUCAUUGAAAAAGCCUCCUGCUCGGACACAUGCUCAUCAACUCCCCUCUCCCCCCCCAAGCCCAAAGUAUUCAAACAGCGCAUUCUCCUCUAAGUGUAAAUACACUCUGGACAAUUCAAAACCAUCUACAGACAUGGAGUACGACCCACUCUCCAACUACUCUGCAGGAAUCAGAGUGAAAAGCAAGAGGGAUGAGGGUGCACAAGCUGUUAAGAAGGACGGGAGCAAGACCCACAAACUACCCAUGUCUGAUUUGUCAGAUGAGGAGUAUGUUGUAGCUGUGAAAAAGCCACGGCAGCAGAGUGUCGACACAAAAAAGUACACUUUCUCUGACUCUGAUGGGGAGAGCUCUGGAACAGAGUACCGACCCACCUCUCUUAGCAGUCUCCAGCAGAGAAAAGGCAACACUUUGUCAGCUGGUGAUGCUUUGGGGAAGGAGAGAAAAGAGAGAACUGAAAGUGUACUAAAUGCACUGACACAGAGGAAUAAGGAGGACUUGGCACAGGACUCAGACAUACAGGAAUAUAUUAAACGAAAGGACAAUAUAGAGAAAAAGAAGGUGGCUAGUCGAAGUAGUCAAGAGAAAAGUGGCAAAUCUGAGAAAAUGCAUAAACUUGAAAAAGAAGUAAACAAAACAUCUAGUUGUAAGAGUAGCAGCAGCAGUAGUAAGGACAAAGGUUCAAUAAAGAACUCAAACCAGGACUCUGCAAAAAAGGAGAACAAGAGUCUUGGGAAGAGAGUUGAUAGAAAAAACACAAUAAAGGAUAAGACAAGUGAUAAAGUUCAGAGGGAGGGCAGAGACGAAAAGAGAAAUGAUGGUAAGAUUAAAGCUGUGGAAAAAGUUAGAACAGACUCAAGUAAACGAGAUAAAGAUACAGAAAAUGGUGGAAGGGAAAGCAAGAAAACCAAAACAUUAGACAAGGAAAAGGAACACAGCAAGUAUAAGGACCGCCAACAUAAAAAUGGUAAACUUGAUAGUAGUAAAAGAGAAAAGGAUGUGAAGAAAAUUUGUAAAAGCAGUUCUCGUAGUGGGAGCAGUAGCAGUCACAGUAAAGGGAGUUCUGCAACCACCAAUAAGGUGAAUCACAACAUCAGCUCAUCAAAUGGGAAGAGACUCGAGGACAAACGGCAAAGUAUGAGUCUGAGCCACGCUGAUCUGUUUGGAGAUGAGAGUCCAGAUGAGGCUGAACCGAUGGAGGUGGACGACAAUGAUGAAGAAGCAGAGGAAGUUUUGGUGAGAAAAUCAGCUGAUGCUUUAAAGAGGGGACGUCUAAACAAGAGGAAAGCAUCGGAGCGGACUCCAUCUUCCUCUGACAAUGAGGGUGACUGCGGUGCGGAGGGCAGCAGUGCAGGUAAGGACGAGGUCGAUGAUGUUGGAAUCGAUUUCUCCAGUUUCCAGGAUGAUCUGGACUUUGACUCAGAUCCCAUGGAGGAGUGUUUGCGGAUUUUCAAUGAAUCCAAGGAUGUGAAGAGGGAAGACAAGGGAAGGCAAACUAAACAGCCCUCCAGGGAUUCAGAGGAGGAGAAAAGCACAGAGAGCACUUUAACCACUCUCUUCCCCGGUCAAAAGAAGAGAGUCUCCCAUUUUGUUGCCAAAGGAAAUACCGAAGCACCUUCUAAGACUGUGGUGCGGCCGUACAAGAGACCCACAGCCCAGGAGGUCUGCUACCAGCGUAUGCAGAUGGCACAGCAGCAAGCUGCUCAGCUUUCUGCUUCAGUCAAAGCUGCCUCACAGAGCUCCAGCUCCAGCUUCUCUGGAGAGAGGAAGAGAAUAGCACACCGUCCCAACCCGCAGAUAGCAUCUUCCAAAACAAGUUCUGCAGAUGCUAAACCAGCUGUCAGUCGAGUGUUAUCCCCCAGCCAGACUCAUCAGACUGUCAAGGCUCAAACCACAGCUGGUAUUUUGUCCAAGACCACGUCCACUGUAAUGGGGAAGAGGUUGGCACACACACCCACCAUGAAGAGUACUUCGAUGAAGCGCCCAGUCAUCCCCACUGAGUUUGGGGCCAAAGUUCCCACCAACAUCCGCCAGCGCUACCUCAACACUUUCAUAGAUGAAUGUGUCAAAUUCUGCCCAUCAGAGGACAUUGCCUUCCAGAUGGCCCUUGACGAGGAGAAGCUGGUGUAUGAGCGCAGUAGCAGUAAGAACAUCUACCUCAACGUAGCUGUGAACACUCUGAAGAAGCUGCGCAGCAAGAGCAGCUCCUGUCCAUCGCCUGUCACCAAGGACCCGGGGUUAGUUGCCAACAGGAGGGCCCAGUCCCAUGAGGAAGUUCUGGGAGGUCGUCUGGCCGCUACAACCAGCUUCACUGUCAACAGGAUGGGUAAACAGCAGGAGGAGAAACUCACUGGUGCCACACUGUACAGGAAGCUGAAGGCGUACAUGAUGACAGAGGAGCAGCUCCAGGAGCACGGAUACCCAAGAACAAAUCCGGAGGCCGCCGGCAAGGCAGUCAUAUACAACCUCCCAGAGAAAAAGGCCAUUGCAGACCCGUUCAGCAAGGUAUGCUGUCGAUGUGGAGCAGAAUAUAAGAUCAAUGUCAAUGGCAACUGUGUCCGGAAAGAGGAAUGUAGUUUUCACUGGGGACGUUUACGCAGACAUAAAGUCGCUGGAGGCUGGGAGACCAACUACAGCUGCUGUGCUGCUGCUGUGGGCUCUCCAGGUUGCCAAGUUGCCAAGCAACAUGUUCAGGACGGGCGUAAAGAGUCGUUAGACGGCUAUGUUUCAACGUUCAGUAAACCUCUACCACCAGAUGGCAAUGGAGGGGUGUUUGCUUUGGACUGUGAGAUGUGUUACACAAAACAGGGCCUGGAACUCACGAGGGUGACGGUCAUUGACUCAGAGAUGAGAGUUAUCUACGACACGUUUGUCAAACCUGAAAGCAAAGUGGUUGACUACAACACACGAUUUUCAGGUGUGACGGAGGAGGACUUGGAGAGUGCCACCAUCACCCUGAGAGAUGUUCAGGCCGUGCUGCUCAGUAUGUUCAGUGCUGAAUCCAUCCUCAUGGGGCACAGCCUGGAGAGCGACCUCCUCGCUCUGAAGCUAAUCCACAGUUCAGUGGUAGACACAGCCAUUGUGUUCCCUCACCGCCUUGGCUUGCCCUACAAACGUGCCUUGAAGAACCUGAUGGCUGACCACCUCAAACGCAUCAUCCAAGACAACGUGGAGGGACACGACUCAAGCGAAGAUGCAUCUGCCUGCAUGGAGCUGAUGAUUUGGAAGAUCAAGGAGGAUGCAAAGGUCAAAAGAUGACCUCUGUCCCCUCUACUCGCAUUUUCUUCAGCACGACUUCCUGUGUUCCCGUCGGUUGCAGGAAGACAGAAGUUCAGGAGGCCUGCACCUGCUCUCUGUGAGUUGAGGUCAGAGUCCCGGGGGGAGGGAUGGCUCAGCACGGUGAGAAGUUUUCAGCAGAAAAGCCUGAGAAGAGCUCACGGUUGUUAUUAUCUACUGUAUCUGUGAAGAGAACAGUAAGCCCCUUCAAAGCAAUAGGAGCCCAGAUUAACAGUGUUUUCAUUUGCUUGUUGGUAUUUCAGUUCUAAAUAAUGUUAGUUUAAAAGUACUUCUGUUAUUUGAGCGGAGUCUUUUAAGGCCUCAAACAGUUUAUGAAUAUAACCUUUCUACAGAAAAACGACUUAAAAUGCCAGGGCAUUGUCUGCCGAAAGAUGAUGAUAAAUAUGAUAUUCAUGCCAGGCUGUAUCCUCAGCCUAACUUGCACUAUAGAAAUGCUCUUGUUGUAUAGGGCCCAAGUCUGAGUACCUCAUCUGUGUUAUAAUGCAUUGACUUCUAAUGAAUAACACAUUACUUGUUCUUAGUUACACUUAAGUGCAUAGGUGUCUUAGUCUGGUGAGCAUUGCUAUGUAAAUGCACUUAUCACGUUGCACCUCGUUUCUCGUCACUGAUGCUCUGUUUAUACAGCGGUUCUUAUCAAGUUAAUUUUGUUGGUCGGCUCUCAAACCUGACUAAUCCUAUAAUACUUGAUCAUUUAAAAAGAACCUCAGCAGACGUGUUAAGUCUCUGCUACUACCUAUUUGGUAAAGUUGAUGAAAGAUAUCACUGUAUUUUAUAGUUCAGACAAUUACGACUAUAUCCACCACUGUCUCUGUGUCGUGCACUGCAUGAAAUAAAAACUACAGGAAUGAUGGUGAUAGCAGGUAUGAUAUGUAACUCCUCCAUAAACACAAAAAUAGGUUCAGUGUUGUUGAAUUAGGCCUGGGUUAUUGAUUACAGACAAUUAUCAUUUAAUGUGUAUCGGCUUACCCGCGCUGUUUUAUGUUGAAAAUGACUGAAAAAAUACCAGAGUGCUGUAAAUAUGCUGUUUCCUUUUGUAUUUUUGGUUGUUUAUCUUUUUCUAUUAAAAGGUAUUAGUUAAAAGAA